AAAUAAUAAACAAUUAGCUGUCAAUUAGUAAAUAGACUUCUCCAGUGGAAAAAUGGAUUGUGAAGUGGCUGCACGAAGAUAUCGCGAGAAAAUCGCCAUGUGUUACGGAGUGAACCCGUCAACACUGAAAACGACGCCGCAGGAAGUGCCUUUGACGAUCACAUUUGCCAGCAUAUAUCAAUUCUUGGUCGAGGAUCCAAAUCCAUUUACGGGUCAACCCAAAGACUGCGCUAAAGGCAUGGAAGCUAUUUUGUAUUACAAAAAUGGAUGGGUUAAGAGUGUUUCCGGAAAGAAAGUUCACGACGUAUACGCAGUGCAUGGAUCCGUACGACAUUCCUUCGCACUAAAUGAAAAACCUCUGACACCAUGGAUUUUAAUUAGUGAAUCCGGCAGGAUACUUGCAGCGCACUGCAACUGUGCCAUCGGUCUUUUGGAAUGUUGCAGUCAUAUCGGUGCAACGUUGUUUGCAUUAGAGGGCAUUCGAACGUCAAUACUCGAGAAGAAAUUGUCAGUUACUGAUUUACCGGCGUACUGGAAGAAGCCACCGACGAGUAUCAGCGAAAACCUGUAUAAAAAAGUACGUGACAUUGACUUUGGCAAGCAGAUCCAGAAAACAUAUUAUGCCACCACUCCAUCAACUUCAACUAAUUACGAUUUUCGCUGUCGAAAUUUAUUGAGCUCGCUACAGAUGGACGGAAUAAAUGUUGCUGGUACCACUCUAUUUUGUGGUGAAAAACAAAUGGCCUUCAGUUGUACAAUUUGACACGAGUCUGAACUUAAAAAUGAUCUUAAGAACUACAAUUUCCAACAACUCUACGACCCUUUAAACAAGAGUACAAUUGAGCAGUUACAAAAAGUAGCGGCAGAGUUCAUUCGCAAUUUUACAAGUGAUCCAGAUCUGUUGAUGAAGAUUGAUAAGCUUACCGCAGACCAAUCGGAUUCCAAGUGGUGGAAUGUUUUCCGAAGUGGGCGUAUCACGGCUUCAAACAUGAAAGAUGUGUGUUGCACAAAACCGGAGCAACCAUCGAUGUCAUUGGUGAAAAGAAUAUGUUACCCCAAUGAAGCAACAUUCACUUCAUCCGCUACAAGAUACGGCAAAACUUACGAAGUAAAAGCAGUUGAACAAUUGUUCGAAUCAGUGAAGCACUUGCAUCAGAACUUGUUAAAAAGAAAAUCGGGAUUUGUAAUUCAUGAAGAUUAUCCGUUUAUGGGUGCAUCGCCGGAUGCAAUAUUUUUGUGUGAUUGCCACGGUGUAUUAACAGUCGAAGUGAAGUGCCCCUUCUCAGCUCGCAAUCGUGCAGAUAUGGUUGACACAUUAUUGCAGCUAAAGGACUCUUUCAUUACACGGAAUGAGGAACAUCAUAUUAUAUUGAAAACGAAGCAUAAAUAUUUCUUCCAAGCAUUCAUGCAGGUUCACAUUUGUAAAGCUAAUUUUGGCUAUUUUUAUGUGUGGUCACCGCAUCAGGUUCUAGUAUUUGAGAUCAAACGCAACGAUAAUUAUUGGGAAAUUUGCAAGAAUAAGGCAUUGAGUUUCUUCGAAAAUGUAAUAUUUCCAGAGCUAGUAGCUAAGAAAAUAACCGAAAAAUAAAAUGUACAAAUGUAAUCUUUAUUGUUACAAUAAAGUAUAUUAAACUACAGGAACAAU